AUACAUGUAUUUUGCACGUAACGAUGGAGGAUGGGGUUUCCCCAGCUGGCGAAAGCGCAUGCGCCGACAUUCUACUUAGACCUGAUAUGCAUGAGAUAGUUGUAUUGAUGUCAGGAAUGUUCUUUACACAUGCCCAUCUUCAACGUUUCUGCUCGAAGCGAGAGUGAACAUGAUUCCUAAUUUUGAUCAUUUCGGAAAGCCUUGCGAAAACCUAUCUUCUACAUGUAGCCUCACACAGCAUUUAUCUUUCAAAAGAUGUCUUUACCUUGCCGCUCUGUUCUCAUUUUGAUUGCAUUACACGUGAUGAUUGGCUCACUCUUUGAUACCGUUCAAGCUUCUGAAAAUAUUCCCGACAAUAAAGUCUGGACACCGCCAACAGCAACUUUCUUCUAUGGCCAACAGAAGGCGAACAUCACCUGUAAAUUUCGAGGGACCCCCUACGCGGUUUACUGGAUGAAAGGAAGCACUGCGGAUACAGCGACCACCUUGAUCUCACUGGUCAACGGAGAGGUAAAGAGACCAGCGUCUGAUGCCGGAUCGCUAAACAUCGACGAUGAGUAUACUCUGAUAUUUAACAACAUUCAGGCUGGAGAUGCAGGCAAUUACAUCUGUAGAGUUUCAAAUUAUAGAGGGUUCCUCAUCGUUAAUAACACGGACGUCAGAGUUCUGGACCCUGAUGUAGUCAGCAUAUUCACUGAGCCUAACAUGACAGGAUGGGCUGGAUCUUCCAUCAGUAUCCAGUGCACCUUCGUGGGCACCCCAGAACGGGUCCUAUGGAACAGAGCUCAGAAAAACUCUGAGAUCAACAGUGUAGAAACUGUCAUGAGGUACACAACUAAUGGAUAUGAGGUCUUGGGCGAUCGGAGAUAUACUUGGAGCAACAGCUUUGGCCUGAUCAUCAAGGAUCUGCAGAUCAUGGACGAGGGCAAUUUCACCUGUAUGGUCUCCAAGCCAGGGGGUACUGAAAUUGAGAAUACUACGGUCCUGAACGUAAACGCUCGUGCUGAGAAGCCGUAUUUUCAGAUCCCAGGGUGUAGUCAUGAUCCUGAGAGAGAAAUGAAUAAAUCAACUCCUGAACCCUGUGAGAUCAAGGUGUCCAAGGAUGAGGAAUUCUUUGAUCUUCAGUGCUCAGUCAUACGAGUCAAGCCACAGGUUGAUCUGCUUUGGCAAGAAGGAUCAAGGAACCUAACUGAACUUACACCAAUCAUCACAGCUAGGAAAGAUGGCGGAUUUGACAUCUCGGUCACACUUACUAGGCGGACGAAGCAAACCUCAACUCACCCAAUGUCUUUCAAGUGCCUUGCGUCUGGGAUAGCUGUCGAUGGCACUGCAGAGCAAACUGUGAUUGUUACAAUCACAGAGCCAGAAGCACCCCCAUCGAAAUCGAAAGGACCACUGGUUGAAAUCAUUUUCAUCGUCAUCAUUUUCCUGGCUAUUCUUGUGUUUCUGAUAUUCAUUGUUGUUAGGUGGUGGCAGUAUCAUCAAAGCCAAACUGAGUCAGGUUACUCUGAGGUUGAGUCACAAGCCAAUGGCGAACCGAGAAACAGAUUUGGCUUUAGAUUGCCAUUAUCGAAAGAUUGUAUUAGCUGGAUGUUCUGUUGCGGUACCAAAGUGGGUACGUCAGGUGGCACCGAUCUGGAAGAAGUAAAAGGACUGACUGCGGAAGAGACAGAAUUGAGAGACCUUCGAGAAAAGCUCGAGAAAUAUCGACCAGGCAGACACGGAAUGGCACGGGUCGACAUACCAGACUCGUCUGUCCACAUCGGUGUUUUCGGCAUCAUGGGUGCAGGGAAGUCAUCGUUCAUCAAUUCAUUGAACUUCGCUCUAACGGAAGAGUAUAAAAACGUUUCGAUCGAGGCUGACAGAGAACAAGGGGGUAGUGAGACCAAGUUCCGAGAUGUCAUUCAGCUAACAGAAUACAUACACGUAGUAGACAAUAGAGGAAUGAAGGACCUCAACAUUAAACAGAUCGAGAAAGACCUCAUGCCUCAGAUUCGUGGAAAACGUGGACUUAAUCCAGAGGAUAAAGUAAAGGGAGGAAAGAAGAUUCACUGUCCGGUCAUUGUGUGCGAUCCAAGUGGCCCGGUUAAGUUUGAUGACACUCUGAGGUUUAUCAAUGCCUUUACUCAAGCUGUUAAUGAUUCCUUUGGUCGUCAUCUAAUGGUAGUCAUCACCCAUGAAAGUAAGCUCCGUAAUCCAGACAUGCCAGAAGAACCGGAUAGUCUAACCGUUGAGGGUGCUGUGGAGAAGAUCAAGCAACAAGGAGGUGUCCCAAAGAACUAUAUCCAGACAUUCGAGAACUACACUGAAGCCUCUCACGAGCCUGAUAUCAAACGGAACACGGAAUAUUUGAAGUUUCUGGUUCGCUGUUUGGACAUAGGGGAAAGAAAUAUUCGUUUUAGAUUGGAUCAUGAAGCUGAGCGUCCGUCGUUUUCGAGUCGCGUUCGAAAGAGUUUUUCCCGCCCCAUCAGUGCAUUAAAGGGUAACGCAGAAUGAUUGUACAUCGCAUGGUAUUUUAAUAUGGCCAUUUAGCUUGAAAAGCAAUGAGAGACAUGAGAGCUUCGUAAUGUUUGAAGUUUGGGGUUCACUCAAACAUGGACGUGAUGUGCACACUUUCUGCAAUUGGUGUCAAAGAACCUCUUGAAUCUUGUCUUUUUUGCAACUUUCCAACUUUUUUACAAGUUUGACAGUAUGGAGAAAAGAAUUACUCAGUCACAUAACUAAAUUUUCUCUUCUUUGAUACCGAUCUUCUCUUUUUGGCUAUUACAAAGAACCUUCCCUGGCGAAUUAUUGGGGUGGUUGCAUUUGGCUGAAUAUCUUGAAUAUCUUGGAAUUGAAAUUUACAUUUGGUAUUAUAUUGUAUACAGUGCAUGUAUAUACUGACUUUCCUGAGCAUUGAUUCCUCGGCCGUAUUCCAAAAUACAAUGUAUACAUGUAUAUAUAAAAACAAGUUUUGGUAUAACUUGUACAUAAUGCACAUUUCCUUGCAUGUACAUGUAUUAGAGAUGUGUAUUAUUAUUCGGUUCCCAUGGUAUGUGUAGCAGUUAUAUACAUAUAAUUAAGAAUAGCACAGAAUAUGACAAUACCAAUAAUGAUAUUGCACUGUAUUCCAUAACAAAAUAUAGUUAUUUGAAGUUAUAAAUUUCCCCUGUAUAUCUUAUUCUGUGUCGUACAAAGUCAUGUACAUAAUUCAAGCUACAUGUAAAUGCAAUGAAAUGGGAAGUUGUGAGUUGAUUCAGAUCGAGUUUCGAGCCCAUCAGGGGCCCGUUACACAAAGCUUAGCGAUCAUCGUAAAACAUAUUUUACGAUUGAUUGCAUUGAAUACAAUGAAGAGUAAUCGUGAUAAUCAAGUGUACGAUUAAUCGCUAACCUUUGUGUUAUACACUGUAAAAAAAAUCUUUGAAUCAGUAGUUAACACUUAAUGUAUUUAAGUAGAAUUUACAACUUGUAAUUAUUUUUCGUUGUUUUUAAGUAGUUUCAACUUGUCUUUUAAUUUACUUGAUUUAUUUGGGUUCAAUAUACAUUUAAGAAAAUUCACGUAUUGAUAGCUUGCUUUGAUUGAGUAAAUCUAACUCAAUUAGGCAAAGAUGAUUGUUACUUAUAAAAUCAUGUUGAAUGUACUUAUAUUUUUCAAUUAACGCCAUAUUUAAAUAAUGCAUGAAUAUUCAUUAGAGCAAGUAAAUGUUUUUUUUUUUUUUAAUAACUGUCAUAUCUAUUUGUGUUUGAAAUUGUUUUGGAUAAGGGUGUGCUAACUAUUGUAUUCUUUUGUUGAAUCAAUGAAAAGGCAAUAUUAAAUAGUCAUUUAGCAGAAAA